GGAAACAGUUGUGUCAGAACUGGCCUCACAGCUGCACCGCGCGGAACGCCUUCCCUGCGGAAAGACACGUCCGUCGACUAGUUAGUUUGGCGUGUGGAGACAGCAGGACUGCUGCAUUGUUGUGACGUGAGAAUAUGGCUACGAAGAAAGCUCCACCGGCAGCGACUUCAUCAGUCGCGGCAGAGCGCUGCUUCCCUCCGGGCUUCAUGUUUGGAGCCGCCACUGCCGCCUACCAGGUAGAAGGCGGCUGGAAUGCAGACGGGAAAGGUGAGAACAGCUGGGACCGAAUAACGCACACCCAUCCAGAGCUGGUCACAGAUGGUAGCAAUGGUGACAUCGCGUGUGAUUCAUACCACCGGUACAAAGAAGACGUGAAGGCCAUCAAAGAGAUGGGGAUGGAUUUCUAUCGUUUCUCCAUAAGCUGGGCACGUAUUUUACCUGAUGGAACCGCCAGUAACGUGAACGAGAAAGGAAUUGAUUACUACAGGACGAUGAUGACAGAACUCUUAGAUAAUGGGAUUCAGCCUAUGGUAACAAUGUUUCACUGGGAUCUUCCGCAACCACUGCAAGAGAUGGGAGGUUGGAUGAACCCUCUUAUGGCAGACUUCUUUGAGGACUAUGCAAGAGUACUUUUUUCACAGUUCGGAGACCUGGUGAAAUGGUGGAUUACCUUCAACGAGCCGGGCCACACAGCCAGAUCAUAUACCACUAACUUCAUUGUUCUGCCAUUCUAUGAAUUACGCAAGCAAGGAGCCAAUUACAUGGCUAUAGACACAAUUCUAAAGGCACACGCCAGGGUUUAUCACAUGUAUGACAAGGAAUUCCGCCCACGCCAAGGAGGUAAGGUGGGAAUAACAAUGCACACCUUUUGGUACGAGCCACCAAAUGAUACAGAGGAGGCCCGUGAAGCCUGUUCAGUAGCGAUUCAACUUGACCUUGGUAUCUUUACCCAUCCAAUAUUCAGCAAAACUGGAGACUACCCUGAAGUAGUGAAACGAAAGGUGGCUGCAGCAAGCCUGGCAGAUGGAUGGCGCAAGUCAAGACUUCCCGAGCUCUCGCAGGAGUGGAUUCGGAAGAUUAAGAAUACGGCAGACUUCUUUGGCUUGAACCACUACACAACAUAUUAUGCUGAGCUGUCAGAAAAUUCUCACUGGUGGCUUCAUGAUUCCGGUGUUCAUUUGUCACAGGAUCCCAAAUGGCCUGCUGCUGCAUCUUCAUGGCUGAGGAUAGUGCCCUGGGGUCUCAACAAAUUGCUGAACUGGAUCAAGAAUGAAUAUGACAAUCCACCUGUGAUGAUAACUGAGAAUGGCUUUUCUACAACUGGAGAAGAAGGGCUGCAUGACACACAAAGGAUCAACUAUUUCAUUAAAUAUCUGAAUGCAGUACUUGACUCAGUUGAUAAUGGAUGCAACAUCCUUGGCUACACAGUGUGGAGUGUUCUUGACAACUUUGAAUGGGCCAGGGGCUACAGUGAGAAAUUUGGUCUGUAUCAAGUUGACUUCAGUCAUCCACACAGAACGCGGACACCAAGAGACUCAGCAAAACUGAUUAAGGAUAUAUGUCAUUCAAGAAAAAUAGUUGCAAUUUCAUCCAAGCAAUGACUCAGUUCUUCUUCAGUGAGUGUAUUGUCCAGAGGGACUUGCAAGCUGUGCUGUUAUUUCCACUAUAUAAUGAUCUCUGUAAGGAUGUGUAGGUAAUUUUGCAUUUUUUUCUUUAGUACAUAGUGGAAGAACUGAGUAUAUAGUAGGUAUUAUUGGAAAUGUCUUCUUAUUAAAAAAGAACAACUACAUUUGUGCUUUUUCUCAUAAAGAUUCAGAAUUGCUUUUUUUUACAUGGUAAACCCAACAGUAUUUUCUCACCUUAUCCAGUUUAGGCAGGCUUAAAGCAAAUUCACAUGUAUGUUUAUUUUUUAAAGACAACUACUCUCCAACAGAUGAAUGGGCACAUAAAAGCAAAUAACAAGUCAAAAAACUGUGUUAAUUCUUGAGCUGUAUUAAUGAGCAUGUUCACAUUGUGGUAGGUUUAUUUCACCAGUCACCUCAGUAGCAGCAUCACUGUCUUCAACAACUGUUUCAGUAUCUGUAUGUCCAUACCCUAACCCUCUUCUGACCCCUACCCCAGCAACUACUGUUUUUUAACUAAGGAGUUCGGAAACAGUCCCUCCAGUAUAACCUUCAGAUUCACAAAUUUUCUAGCUUAAACUUCUGUCUGCUAGUCCCAUCUAUGGCCACGGCCUUCCCAGUCUGUACUACCCUUCCUACUCCCUUAACCUCCCUUUACCCCUACUGUAAACUCUUGCAUAAGGUAGAUUUUCCAGCAUGAGUCCCAAACGCUAUACUUACCAGCAUACGAAACUGGCUGACAUGUGGUGUAAGUAGUAUGUCCUCACAGAGUGGACACAAAGAAAAUGUUGUACAUAGCUAUAUGUCAGCUGGUACAAGAUUGUCACUGCAUAACUACUGCAUUUCCAAAUCUGCCAGGAAGUAUCCCUUGAGUCACUAAAACAUUAAGAAAAUAGUUCAAAGUUUGUCCUAUCAAUUCAACACAAGAGUUUAAUCCUGUAAGAGUAUAUAUAU